UUUAUUAGGGGGGAAAAAUCCUUCACUUGCUUGCCACACAGGUUAUUCUCAAAGUGAAAACUCCAUUUUACUUUGAAAAAAAAAAUGGUGAAAGUGCCUACAGUUAUGAAUGGAGCUCUUUGUUACCUUGCAGAUCGACAAGACAGACUGUUUGGUUCAUGUCUGUGUGCUAGCAGAGGAGUGCAGGGGCCUGGGAGGCAGAUGUGGCCUUAAUUGCAUGGAAAUAUUAGAAGAUCGUUAAGCCAUUUUGACAGGAUUUUCCUCCCGCUGCAGGAGCACCGGGCCACGUCUGAGCAGCCAGAGCCUCUGGCCCGGCCUCCCGUCCCCACGUGCAAGGGACACAUGGUUCACUCGCCCUGAUAUUGGAAGGGAAUAGAUGCCUCCUUGUCACCAACUUCUACCCCGCGUCUGUGCCCUGUGCGUGCCGAGAGCAAUCUCCCAAGAAACCCUCCGGCCCACAGUAGGGCGGGAGGAGAAGCUACUUAUUGCAGUCAGUAUUCAGGGCUGUGUACACAUGUGUGCGUGCGUGGACAGCGAUCAGAUCGUCUCCACACUGAAGGGUGUGCUCCAUGAAGCUCUCCAACAACCCACCUAGGCCUGAAAGGGGAAAUCUGUUAUGGCAACAAAUAAUGGUCUUUAAAGAAAACCCUUUUUCUGCCAAUUCACUUCUUCCCUUUCGCACUAACAUUGGUGCUUACAGAAGUCAUGGCCCGUGGUAGUUCUGAAAUUAACUCAAAGCAAUCCUUGAAUAAUGUUGGGUCGUCAAAGAACAAGACCCUGCAAAUACGGUCAACCUCGUUGCUGCCAGGCUGGCGUGGUCGUGGUUCCAAGAUACUUUGUUUCCCUCAUCUUCCCCUACUUGCCCUGUUGGUUUUCUGCACAGUUAGAGAAUGCAAAUAUUUUAACAUUAGCUUAAUUUAAAAAUAAUUAGGAGGGUUAAUCUGCUAGAAGGGAGGCGGAUGCCCCUCCAACAGUGCAGCUCAGUAAUCCCUUUGGGUUACCAAGGCAAAUGUUCUAGAUCAAAUCUUUCUUGAGUAGAUCAGACAAUGUUGAUGGUUGGGACGUGGCGUGGAUUAGCGCUGUACAGUCCCCCUCAGAGUGGUGGCCCCUACCCACCGGGGGCCACUUCUUAGAGUUGGGACAGUGGGUAGUUGCUUAGAUUAUACUUGGGCCUCAGCCCGAGGGAGCCAGGGUGGGGACUGGGUGAGCAGAAAGAGCGGUCUGUGGAGAGACAGCACGGAGAGAAAGUGCAGCAGCAGAGACCCUGCUUUCAUGCAAAUGUUCUUAGCUCAAAGGAAAAGGGAAGGGCUGCUGGGCAGAGGUGGCACGCCAGAGCCCCAGGUUAGGAGCUGGACAUGGCAGAAGCACCAAGUGAUGUGUUAAGGGGCUGAAGACCCACAGGCUACAAGCUCUGGUUUAAAAAUACAGUCACGUGGCCCACUGGGACCCCCAUCUCUGAGGCCUGAGCCACCAGUGGUCAGGAUGCAGGAGCGUCUUGCUCCAGGGCUCUUAGCUCUGCGUUUCCAGACCACACCAGAUGUUGUGAGAGCCACAGCAGUGGACGGCAUGAAGACAGUGCCCUGGGGUGGCCUCUGCACUCGCUCCUCCCGGCUGCUGUGUCCUCUGCUCACCUGAGGUCUUGCCAGCUCUCUGGGACUGGAGAAAACCCUGUGUCCGUGAAGUGCUGCCUUUCUGCUCAGCUGGCUGCCGUGCCCCUCUGAAAUCCCCCUUCUUGGCAGCUGACUGUGUCAUCUCUGCUUACUUCACAUCCUGCCGCCUUCUCCUGAGGCAAUGGGCUGGCUGCUGGGUGGCUUUCUGAGCCACUGCAUGGGGGCGGCUGGGGGCCACCGCCUCAGACUGUUUCGGGCACUGACAGUGCACCGCUUCCAUGGGUGCAUGCCUCGUCUUCCCAGGGUGCUUUCAAAGACCUUGUUCUUACUUCAGUUAUUCUCACACAUACCAUAAUUCCCACCGUAUCUGAUUCAGGCUCUCACACCUUCCCAUGUCACCUCCCAACCUGUGAGCACAGCCUGCCUUUCCUACUUGCUUGAUGGUUCCUAGUCCCAGAAUAAUAUGCACAACUGUCACCUAUUUAGUUCCCUGCAGAGACAUAGCCAGAUCAGUGUAGGAAAAGCCCCAUCAUUCUCCUAAUUUUAUAGCCAUAAACAAAUACCAUUAAAACUCCAGAGCAUCAUUUUUCCAGGGACAUAUUUCGGACUUUUAUCAUAGUGCCUGGCAUAUAGCAGAUGCCCGAUAAAUAUUUGUUAAAUGAAUGCAUACAUCAGUAAAAGAAUGCUCUUUUGUGUGACAAAUAUGUUUCAUGAUCUCAUUGUGGGGCAGGACAUGUUACAGAAAUAUCCCCUCUGCCUGUUUUGAGUAGCACAUAGUCUAGCCACCAAACACAAGUGUCUACAGUCUGUGCUGUCUGAUAUGGUAUCCACUCAUAACCUGUGGCUAUUUGAAUUUAAAUUAACUAAAAUUAAUGAAAGCUAAAAAUUCAGUUAGUCACACUAGCCACAUUUUAAGUCCUCAAUAGUCACAUGUGGCUAGUGGUUCUGAAUGACACAGAUUUUUGAAGAGUCCUAUCAUCUCAGAAAUUCCCACUGGACCAAAUUAAAGAGCUCAGCUUGUUUCUAUGUAAAUAAAUAAAAGGUUUAAGCAAACCUUUUUGUUUCUUAAUUCUGAUUUUAUUGUAAAAUUGAUGCUGAAGAAUAUGCAUUUGUUAGUCUUUUCCAAAAUCCUCAACACAUUUUACGAGCCACUCAGGCUGAUGUUGGACCUGAGACCAUUCUUGGUUCAGGAUCAAAAGGAGCAAGGAAAUCACGAGGCUCCCAUGGGCAUUUUGCUCCCACAGGUUCCUGAGAGAGGCAGGUUGUCAUCAUGGACUUUGGACUUCUCGUGAACGAACAUGGGCGAUCUAAAAAUCACACAGAAAACCAAGCAAAAGUGGCAGUAAAAGAACUUGAAAGCCGUUGACAAUGGAUCCUAAAUAGAACUGAGUAGGAAAAAGGAGCUAAGAAGUUUUUGAUGUACUUUGGGGCAUCUCCCCCUGGUAGAUUAGUUUCCCAUUUCCCACAAGUUUUUGGAAUGUCCAUGAUUAAACCUCACUGCCACUCUGACACAUGUCCUUGAGGCAGACAGACAGGCUUAAUUCCUGCUGGGCAAGGCCAGUACCUCUAGAAGCUUCCAAGAGUAGAACACUAAGUGCCUUGAUAGAGUAACUAAACCAUUUUCAAGCCCCUAGGAACUGUCAGUAGCUUUCAGCUGGGUUUUCUCCUCAGAUAGCUUUACUGAGAUUGACAAAGAAAACAUCUCCAUGUAAUCCCACUGAGAUGUUUUCAUUGGAGAGCCGUGGCAGGACUUGUUCACAAAAUAUCUGCUUUUCUUGUAGAUAGAUGCCGAGAGACAGGAGGCCCCAGUACCAGACUGCCUAGGUUUGGCAUUCAAGUCAAACAAGGAUGAAGGCCAACCCCGUGGGCAACUGCCUUGAGGGUGGCUGCCGACUGAGCGACCAGCUGUGCACCAGAGAUGGAGUCUAGCUUGGCUUCUUGUGCACAGUUUGUGGACCAAACUGUCCUCAGUUCUCCUUACCCCCCUCUCUGGAAGGGAGAGUAAGGAUGACAACCAAAGGGCCGAGAAACUCAUGCCCCCCGAGCCUUCUGGGCUUACUCGUAGAUACGAUGGCUAUAUAUAAUGCAUCAUCCAAACUGGGGUAAUUUUGAGAGUGAAAGGAGGCUCUAGCAAACAUUUUCUGAAACAGCAGGCAUAAAGUGGAACUACUCCAGGCAAAGGGGAUUGCAGAAUCAACCUAGAUAUUAGGGUUGAAGCCCUAGAAGAGAUCUUGCAGAUCAUCCGGCUUAGUCCUUUUCUGUUAAAGAUACAGAAGCAAGCCCAGAGAGAUGAAAUGCUUUUUCUGCAUUAGAAUUUGUGGAUUAUAGUAAAAAGAGUACAUUUAAGGAGUGUUUACUACAUGAUGCACAUGAGUUAGAAUACCAUUAUUCUCCCCAUUUUAUCAAAAAGGAUACUGAAGCACCAAGGUCAUGAGAUGAGCAAGUGUCAGGUGUGGAAGUCAGAUGCUGACGGGCUCCACGGUCAGAGUGUCAAGGAUGACAGUGCUCUGUCUCUCACAAACAGCACAGUGGGGCGCUGUCUACCCGUAUUCACUCACUCAAUCCUCACACCAACACUCUGAAGUAGAGUCUGUCAUUAUGCCCAUUUUAGAGACAAAAGGACCAAAGCAGCCAUUAAGUGGCGACAGCAGCUAUGGAAAAGCACAAAGAAAAUCCAUCCUUGAGGGAUUUACAAGCUAGCUGGAGAGGCAGAGCAUGAACCUAUGAAAGCUACUGCCGAAGGCAAGAGUUAAAUAAAAACAAAAGCAAUGUGACAAGGCAGUCUAGGCUAGAGUGCUGAACCAGUGGGGGAGACAGAACAUACAACAGACUUCAUUGGAAGGAGAGGCUCCUGUGGUGGGCUCGUGUGAACAGGGAGACUUCCUGGAGGAGGUGUUCGACAUUUGGAGGCUCUGUCGGUGGUGAGCGACGACCAGUCCCUCUUUGACUCAGCGUACGGAGCAGCCGCCCAUCUCCCCAAGGCCGACAUGACCGCCUCAGGGAGUCCUGACUACGGGCAGCCCCACAAAAUCAACCCCCUCCCACCGCAGCAGGAGUGGAUCAACCAGCCGGUGAGGGUCAAUGUCAAGCGGGAGUAUGACCACAUGAAUGGAUCCAGGGAGUCUCCAGUGGACUGUAGUGUUAGCAAGUGCGGCAAGCUCAUUGGUGGAGGCGAGUCCAACCCCAUGAACUACAACAGCUACAUGGACGAGAAGAACGGCCCCCCGCCUCCCAACAUGACCACCAACGAGAGGAGAGUCAUCGUCCCCGCAGACCCCACGUUGUGGACGCAGGAGCACGUGAGGCAGUGGCUGGAGUGGGCCAUCAAGGAAUACGGCCUGAUGGAGAUCGACACGUCCUUUUUCCAGAACAUGGACGGCAAAGAACUGUGUAAAAUGAACAAGGAGGACUUCCUCCGCGCCACCACCCUCUACAACACGGAAGUGCUGUUGUCACACCUCAGUUACCUCAGGGAAAGUUCACUGCUGGCCUAUAAUACAACCUCCCACACAGACCAGUCCUCACGACUGAGUGUCAAAGAAGACCCUUCUUACGACUCAGUCAGGAGAGGAGCAUGGAGCAACAACAUGAAUUCCGGCCUCAACAAAAGUCCCCCUCUGGGAGGAGCGCAGACGAUAAGUAAGAACACAGAACAACGGCCCCAGCCAGAUCCAUAUCAGAUCCUGGGCCCGACCAGCAGUCGCCUAGCCAACCCAGGCAGCGGGCAGAUCCAGCUGUGGCAGUUCCUCCUCGAGCUGCUCUCGGACAGCGCCAACGCCAGCUGUAUCACCUGGGAGGGGACCAACGGGGAGUUCAAAAUGACGGACCCCGACGAGGUGGCCAGGCGCUGGGGGGAGCGGAAAAGCAAGCCCAACAUGAAUUAUGACAAGCUGAGCCGGGCCCUCCGGUAUUACUACGAUAAAAACAUUAUGACCAAAGUGCAUGGCAAAAGGUAUGCCUACAAAUUUGACUUCCACGGCAUCGCCCAGGCUCUGCAGCCACAUCCUACUGAGCCAUCCAUGUACAAGUAUCCUUCUGAUAUCUCCUACAUGCCUUCCUACCACGCCCACCAACAGAAGGUGAACUUUGUCCCUCCCCACCCAUCCUCCAUGCCUGUCACUUCUUCCAGCUUCUUUGGAGCGGCAUCCCAAUACUGGACCUCCCCCACUGGUGGAAUCUACCCCAGCCCUAAUGUCCCUCGCCAUCCAAACACCCACGUGCCUUCACACUUAGGCAGCUACUACUAGAAGCUUCACCAUCAGUGGCCUUCCAGCUGAAGCCCUGUCCCUCACACUUACUGGAUACUUUGGACUCUAAAGGACAUGUGUGGCCUUAAAGAGGAAACAAAACUGGAUGUUCUUCCUUGUUGGACAGAACCUUUGUAUUUGUUCUUUAAAAACAAUUUUUGUAAUGUGGGUAACUUUUUGCUUCCUCUACCUGAACCAAGAAAUGGGCCAGUAUGCCAGUGUGUAUUCUCAGUCACCUAUCAUCUUAUGAGUUGAAUAUUAGGAUUACUGGAAUGGUUAUGUCAUGGUUCUGAGCAAGAAGCUAUACAUUUUCUUUAUAUUUUUAUGACCUAAGCAGUUUCUCAUCAACACACGGGUCUCAUCAUUGUAGAGUUCAUGGACUUAACCAGUCAUGUUCUGGUUUGAGAUUUAUUGAAAAUAGAAGCUUAUAAUCUUAUUUUAGGAGGACCUAAUUCAGUGGAUGGCAACUGGAACAUUGGUUGUAAGGCCAAUGAAGUUUUCACCCAACUGGAAUUUAAAAGAAAGAACAUUUGUGAGUAUUUAAGAAGCCAUGGGCAUUGCAGAAUCCCUUUGUGGGCGGUGUGCACUCGGCUGACCAUUCUGUCUAGAAAUAGUCAAGAUAUAAACUAAGAAAUUUUAAUGCAAAUGCAGACAUUCCUAAAAGACAGAGAAUUAAAUAACUUUUUUAAAAAUGAUGACAGUGGGUCCCAGAACUUAGAAAAGUCAUAGGGAUUUCUAAACUCAGACAGAUUCGCAAACGCUGUGCGUUUGUCAGGCCAUCAGACCAGGGUCAACCAAUCAGAAGGCAACUUACUGUAUAAAUUAUGCAGAGUUAUUUUCCUAUAUCUCACAGUAUUGAAAGUAAAUAAUUAAAAAAUUUAAAAGAAUAAAUAAACGAGUUGACCUCGGUCACAAAUGCAAUAUUACUAUCAUAUCAGUCGUUGUUAUUUUUUUAAAUGUAAUUUGUACAUCUUUUGUCAAUCUGUACAUUUGGGCUAUUUGUACGUUUUUAUAGCUGGUUUUUAAAAAGCAUAAUGUGACUAUUGCUGAAAAAAAAACAGGGCGUUUAAGUCACUGACUUACAAGAAAGAGAAGCACUGGUACAGUUAUUUAACAGGCAUGCAUACGCAAGGAAAGGCAAGCCAUUUACAUCUUUAAUGCUUUGGAAAUGUUUGUAAAUAACAGUACUGCAAUAAUCAUAACUCUGAAAAGAAAAGAACCAAACUUUCCCUUGUGGAGAUGAGGGAUUUUCCUGCUCUAUAUAUGCAAUAUAUUUUUUAGACAUUGAAAUAUAUAUAAUUUUGCAGGUAAUCGUUGACUUUUUUAACAAUAUGAAGUGUUAAGCUGACAACUGUCAAUGAAGACUAUGUUGUAAAAUAAUUCGACUAAAUAAAUUGUGCCUUCUUCUCUCAGAA